AUGGAUUCAUUAAAACCAAAAAGAUCAUGUACCAAUGCAUCGCCACUAAAGAAGAAACUCUUUGAAUCGACCAUUGGGCAUCUUAAAAAAAUCCAAAAGUUGAGGUCAGGAGAUCUGCUUCUAGAAGCAGCCUUUCCUCAACAGUCUGAAAAGCUUAUGAAAACAAAAUCUCUAGGAGACAUACAAGCCACCAUCACACCACACACAAGUUUGAACUCAUCACGUGGUGUGAUAUCUGAAAUCGAUCUGAUAUCUCAGCAUGAAACAGAUAUUCAGAUCGGUCUUUCAGAUCAAGGUGUUACUGCUGUUCGACAAAUUUCGAUUCGUCGAAGAUGA